AUGGCGCAGUCGCCCAUGAUAUCGGUGCCGCUCAAGGCUACAAACGAGAUUGACUGGGUAACACCCCUAAAGACAUACAUCCGAGAUAGCUACGGCGACGACCCGGAGCGAUACGCAGAGGAGUGCGCCACCCUCAACCGCAUGAGGCAGGAUGUCCGCGGUGCCGGCAAGGAGAGCACCUCGGGAAGGGACAUGCUCUACCGCUACUACGGUCAGCUCGAGCUGCUCGACUUGCGCUUUCCCGUCGAUGAGCAGCAUAUAAAAAUCUCAUUCACAUGGUACUCACAGCCGUCAUCUUCCUCCUCCUCCUCCUCUUCCUCCUCCGCAUCUUCUCUCGUCACCCAUCUUCUCCCUCUCCUCCCUCACCGACCUUGGUUGGCUGACCGUGCUCGACUUGGACGAAACAGGUUCGAUGCAUUUACCCACAAACCCACGUCACAGUACUCGCUGGCCUUUGAAAAGGCUUCCGUCAUCUUCAACAUCUCGGCCGUCCUGUCGGGUCAUGCCGCAUUCCAGAACCGCUCCGACGAAUCGGCCCUCAAGACGGCCUACCACUCAUUCCAGGCAUCGGCCGGCAUGUUCACAUACAUCAACGAGAACUUCCUGCACGCGCCCUCUUCCGAUCUCAGCAGGGAUACCGUCAAGAGCCUCAUCAAUGUCAUGCUCGCCCAGGCCCAGGAGAUCUUUCUUGAGAAGCAGGUUGCCGACAGGAAAAAGGCGGGCCUGCUGGCUAAGAUCGCUGCCCAGGCCGGCUUCCUUUACGGCCAGGCGGUCGAGGGUAUCCAGGAGAAUGUGGCAAGGGCCGUCUUUGACAAGAGCUGGCUCACCUUUGCCCAGGUCAAGUCCAACCUCGUCAGCUCGAUAGCCCAGCACUACCAGGCCACGGCCGACGAGGAGGGCGGCAAGUACGGCGUGGCAAUCGCCAGGCUGCAGUCGGCCGACAGGAUGGUCAAGGAGGCCGACAGGCUCGCCAGGAGCUUCCCCACGUCGCUGCCGGCCAGCGCCAACCUGGGGGCCGACACGGGCGCCCUGCUGCAGACCUUUACCAAGCGCCACAUGUCGGCCGUGGCCGAGAAGCUUCAGGAACUGCUCAAGGACAACGACUACAUCUACCACCACACCAUACCCGCCGAGGCCAGCCUCGAUGCCCUGGCUAAGCUCCCCGCCGCCAAGCCCAUACCCGUCAACGAUCUGUACGCGGGGCAGGACAUCCAGCGCAUCACGGGUCCGGACCUGUUCGCCAAGAUCGUGCCCAUGGCCGUCACCGAGUCGGCCAGCCUGUACGACGAGGAAAAGGCCAAGCUGGUGCGGGCCGAGACGGAGAAGGUGGACACGGCCAACGGCGAGAUGGCUGCCAGCCUAGACUACCUCCGGCUCCCGGGGGCGCUGCAGGUGCUCAAGGGAGGCUUCGACCAGGACAUCCUCCCGGACGAGGACUUCCGGCAGUGGUGCGACGACGUGGCCGGGCACGAGGACCCGGCAGCCAUCUUUGAGGGGCUGCGGGCCGACAGGGAGGCCGUCAUCGGCUCGCUGGACCGCUGCUCCAAGCAGCUCGACAUGGAGGAGAGCGUGUGCGAGAAGAUGCGGUCCAAGUACGAGGGCGAGUGGACGCAGCAGCCCAGCUCGGGGCUGACGACGACGCUGCGGGGCGACCUGCGCAGCUACCGGCAGGCGCUGGAUGAGGCCAUGCGCAGCGACGGCCAGCUCCUGACCAAGCUGAGGCAGAACGAGGUCGAGUUCAACGAGAUGCGCACGGCCGCACAGGACGGCGAUGUCGACCAGCUAUUCCAGCGGGCUGUGUCCAGGGUCCGGAGCGGCGCCGGCAGCAGCCCGGCGUCAGCCACGGCCAACAGCGCACCCGCCGAGGGGAACCUCCUCGACGACGACUUUGACGAGGGCGGGACCACGGUGGUGGCCCAGAUUGCCAGGGUGGAGGAUGUGCUCAAGAAGCUGAACAUGGUCAAGAGGGAGCGAAAUCAGGUUCUCAAGGACCUCAAGGACAAGGUACACAACGACGAUAUUUCUCAGAUUCUGAUUCUCAACAAAAAGUCGAUAAGCAACUACGAGACCCAACUGUUUGAACAGGAGCUAGAAAAGUUCCGGGGUCACCAGACGCGACUCCUACAGGCCAACCACAAGCAGUCGGCACUGAUGAAGGAGCUCACGGCAACAUUCAACGCGCUGCUCCAGGACAAGCGGGUGCGGUCGGAGCAGAGCAAGUACGAGGCGAUACAGCGGCAGCGGUCGGGAGCCAUCGGGCGGUACAAGAGGGCGUACCAGGAGUUCCUGGACCUUACGGCGGGCCUCCACGGGGCCAAGAACUGGUACGGCGAGAUGCGAGAGACGGUGGGCAGCCUGGAGAAGAAUGUGGAGUCGUUCGUGGGUAACCGGCGGUCGGAAGGCGCGCAGCUCCUCAACCAGAUCGAGGAGUCGCGGUCGUCGAACAAGUCGUCGCAGGCGGAGCUGGAGCGCGAGAGGCUGAGGGGACUGAUGGAGCGCAUGUCGAUGGACAGUGCGGGAGGGACACCGGCGCCGCUAUCGGCCUCGGCGACACCGCAACCGCAGGUGCCAGCCAAACCGUCCAGACACACGCCGGCACCGCUCUUCCAGACGGGCCAAGCGCCGCGGUACGGCCAAACCACGUACCAGGGUCCGAACUCGCCACCCCUGACCCAGCCGUACGGUGGCUACGCACAGCAGCAGCCGCAGCCGACGUACGACCCCAGCCAGUACGGCCUCACACCAGGGCCUACAUCCCCGCCAGCGAACCAGUCCACCUUUGGCAACGUGACGGGCGGCGGCAUGCACUCGAUGCGAGCGGGACCGACAUCCCCGCCACCUCAUAGGGCGUCGUUCGGUCACCAGAUAUCGAACACAUAUGGAGCUCCCGCAUCACAGCAGCAGCAGCAGCAGCAGCAGCAGCAGCAGCAGCCGCAGCACAUCCCUACCGGGUACGUUCCGCCUCCGCCACCUCCGGGGCCUCCACCCCUCGGACCGCAGCAGACGAUGCACUAUGGGCAACAGCAGCAGCAGCAGGCUCAGCAAGGGUACGGGCAGCAGGGACAGCAAGGACAUGAUCCGUGGGCGGGAUUGAAUGCCUGGAAGUAG